AUGAACCAUGAAGAGAUCAGAGGAGAAGACAUUAUUUCCUCAGUGAAGCAAUUUGUCCUAUUGGGAUUCUCUGACCUUCCAAACCUCCAAGGAUUUUUAUCUGGUGUGUUCUCUAUUAUUUGCAUAAUUAUCCUACUUGGAAACAUCCUCAUAAUUAUAUUAACUAGUCUUGACCCAGCACUACAGAAACCCAUGUAUUUUUUUCUAGCAAAUUUUUCUUCCCUGGAAUUCUGUUAUGUAUCAGUCACUCUCCCCAGGAUUUUGGUCAGCAUUUGGACUCAGAAAAGAAGCAUUUCUUUGCUGAACUGUGCCACUCAGAUGUGUUUCUUCCUUACACUGGGAGUCACUGAAUGUUUUCUCUUGGCUGUGAUGGCCUCUAAUCGCUAUGUAGCAAUCUGUAAUCCUUUGCACUAUCCUCUGGUCAUGAACCCAAAGAAUUGUAUCCAUCUGGCAGCCAGAUCCUGGCUUGGUGGAAUCCCAGUUCAGAUAGGGCAGACGUGUCAAAUAUUCUCUCUUCAUUUCUGUAAUUCUAUCCAAAUUGACCACUUCUUUUGUGAUAUACCCCCCAUUAUCAAGGUAGCCUAUGGGGACACUUCUGGGCAUGAGCUGUCUGUCUAUGCAGUAGCUACAUUGUUUGCUGUGGUGCCUUUUAUGCUGAUACUUGGGUCAUACAGCAAAAUCAUUUCCACCAUUCUGAUAUUGCCCACAGCCACAGGAUGGGGUAAGGCAUUUUCCACAUGUUCUUCCCACCUUCUGGUUGUGGUUUUAUUUUAUGGAUCUGCUAGCAUUACCUACUUAAGACCAAAAUCCAAUCAUUCUGCAGGAACUGAUAGACUACUCUCUCUUUUCUAUACCAUCAUGACUCCCAUGUUCAAUACAAUGAUAUACAGUCUUAGAAACAAGGAGGUGAUUGCAGCCCUGAGAAAAUUAUUACUUAAAACAUAG